AACCCAUUUAAAGUUGGUGUGACAUAUCAAAGUGCAACACUUUAAGGGAGUGAAGUUACAGGGAGUCAAUAGGUUAGGUUUUUCUCUUCGAGAUUGCUCAAAAAAUAAUUCCUUCAUAUUUCCACUUCUUUGACUUUGUCAUCGUGUCUACAAGCAGAGUAAGACUUCAGCUGAUGAAGCAGAUGCAAAGAUGGCUGUUAAGUACAGUGCCUCUACAGUGACAAACAUGGACAUGGACAACAUUAAAGUUGGCUAUAAGCAACUUUUAGUAGAUGACAGCAAGCUCCGGCUUUCAGUGUAUGCACUGAGAAACAGCCCUUUCAAGGCUGCUACAGUGGGUCUUGGGCUGCUGUGUGUUCUCCUGUUGGCUGGGGUCAUAGGUCAGAGUGUGCACAAUCGAAAAGUAGAGGAAGACCAUCAGAACAACCUAAAAGCCAUGAGUACUGAGAGAGAGAAACUACAGGAGAACCUGAAGACGGUGGCAAAAGAUAAAAAGAUUCUUGAGGCAGACUUCAAUAGGUUACAGCAACGUAACGAUCAAGUAACUAAAAUGAAUGACCGAAUCCAGAAAAAUAACAAUAUACUUACCAAAGAUUUAAAUACACUCCAGGUUAGCCAAAGCCAGUUACAGGCCAGUAAUGAUGCUGCCACUAAAGAAUUAGAACAGCUAAAAGUCAGUAAUGACCAGUUACAGACUAAUAACAAUGCUUUGAUUGCCGCCAAAGACUUGUUACAAAAAAAUUACGAUACAGUGCUCAAACGCAAAAAUGAGGCACAGGCCAAUUAUGAGUCAGUGACCAAAGACAGGGACAAUUUACAGAACAAAUUCAAUAAUGUAACCAGAACAAAGGAGCAGUUGCAGAUGAGUUACAACGACAUGAUUAAGAAGGUAGAGCAUUUGCAGGACAGAUACAACUUCACUACCAAUGAGAAAAACACCAUAGCAAGCAGUCACCAAAACCUGACGAUAUCGAAAGACACUCUGCAGGCCACGUACGACCUGCUGGUGACAGCGACAGAUAAGUUGCGCGCUUCUUACACAUCCUUGGUUCAGGAAAAGAACGAGCUUGAAAGCGGUUGCAAGAAUGCAACUGUGGAGAGAGACCUGUUGCAGAUGAAAAAUGGCAACCUGACUGCUGAGAGAGAUGAGCUGCAGGCGGAGCUUGAGAAACUGAAGAAAAUAACUUCAGUUUCAGCUAGGAAGUGCCCCACUGGCUGGACCAGGUUCGAGUACAGCUGCUACUUCACCUCAGUUGGCAAGAAAAACUGGACUCGGAGCAGAGAAUACUGUCAAAGCAAAGGCGCAGACCUGGCAAUCAUAAAAAGCCAAGAGGAAAGGCGCUUCAUCAAUGGCUUGUAUUCCAGUGAUAAAGAAGUCUGGAUUGGAUUGACUGAUGAAGGAGUAGAAGGGCAUUGGGUAUGGGUAGAUGGGACAACACUGACCACAGCGUACUGGGAUAAAGGCCAGCCCAACAGCUACAGCGGGAGGAACCAGGACUGUGUGGAGUUCUGGCAUCGUGCAACAGGGUACGGCGACUGGAAUGACGAGAACUGUAACAUAGAACAAUAUUUUAUCUGUGAGAUGUAGUUUUCCUGUACAGAGAGACGUUUGGCUAGCCAUGCUGGCCACUGUCUGGUACUAAUGAUCAUUAUGCAAUAUCAGUGGCAAUUUUAUAUGACAAAUUUACACACAAUGACACACAGCAUUGCCAACCGCUAAAGCCUGAAAUGUGUUUUGUGAUGAGUAUUGCAUUAUCAAGUUAAAUUUAGCAGAUGGCCUAUCUUGUGCUGGAGCAAACUAUCUUGGUGAUGUGGAACCAGCUGGCGUCAAAGGGGACUAACAUAUCUGUACAUACUGUAGAAAUAAUUAUUUUAGCGGCAUAACUCAUUUAUGGAGUUUAAUCGAAAAAUGUGUCUUCUGGCUCCAGGCCUUGGUCUGCCAACAGCUAAAAGAGAGGCAAACAUGGUGAAAGUGAGAGAUUCACACAUAACCCAAUAUAUAUUAACAACCAUUAACUAUUUAAGUUAACACGUGAAAAAAGGCUGCUUACGUUUUAACUGAAAUGUUUUUUGUUGUUGCUUAUUUUCUUUUCUUAUAAACACAUUUUAUAUAUUGAUUCAUGUAAACACAUAAUGAGUGAUUUAAAUAAAAGAAUUCACCUUGUGCCACUA